AGAGAAAUAUUUUGUUUUCUUAGCGUAGCCGUGUUUACCUAGCAAAUACGUCUGUCUUAAAGGAUUCAUCAAAUUGCUUCUCAGUGCUCAGAUUAACGUCCCUGUCAAUCCAAAAAGUCCUGAAGCACCUUCCAGGAUUACAGGCCUAGCUUUAAAUGAAGGACCCACUGCAGGAAAAUAUGCAGAGAUCCAUGCUGCGCUGCAGGAAGUGUCGGAAAAGCAUCAUAGACUCAACAUGUUUUUUAACGAUUCCGUACACAGAUGAAGCCUCUGCUGAUGUUUGCAGUAUUUGGCACCUCGAUGUUGACAUAUUGCCAGAGUAGAUUUUGACCUCAGUUCACCAAACCCAGUGGACUGCUGGAAAACUCAACUGCCAGAAUUGUAGAGCUCGCCUGGGAGGCUUCAACUUUAUUAAUCGCAGUCAGUGUCCCUGUGGCACUGACGCCUCCAUUCACUUCAGCAAAAGCCGCCUGGAUUACGACCACAAGCACUCCAUCCUGAUGGGCCAGCCUUUAAGGUCGAGGCUCAACAGGGGACAGAUGGACAUUUCUCAGAAUCACGAGGAGAGGGCUGAGUUUAGCACGACUACACUGGAUAGAUUUCAGGAUUUUAACUGUGCUGCUACAAUGCCCCAUGAGAGUCCUAUGGAGGCCUCAAAUCCACAAACUGAUGGGCGAACUCCUGUAGAAAGAGAAAAUGCUCGCUGGAAGAGUGUGCCAGCUUUCUGUGGUCGUGAUUUUUACCCUGAUGUUGUCUCACAUCCUGCAAGCGAGCAGCUUCACACAGAUGGUGAAGCCUCUUCAUCUGUUUCUGAGGGUACCCAGCCGCCUCUGGAUCUGCAUCUCCUGCUAACAGAGGAGGGUGUUGAGUCUUCUGUAGAGACUGCAGCUCUCUGCGACGAGGUCUCUGAUCCUGCUGUGUUUCUCAGAAGGAGAUGGAUCUCUGACAGUGUCUCUGAGCAUGAAGAAGAACCAGUGGCUGAACAUGUGAGAGUUUUGCUGCUGGAUGAUGAUGAGGAGGAGGAGGAGCACCAGGAGAACAGGGAGAACCUCACCUGUGCUGUCUGUCUGGAUGUCUACUUCAGUCCUCACAGAAGUCAGCCCUGUGGUCAUGUCUUCUGUGAGCCAUGUCUUCGCGCACACGCCAUGAACAGUGGAAAUGACAAGACCACCUGCCCUCUCUGCCGGGAUGUCAUCUUAUACACCAACUUACAAACUGAGCUCAAUCAAAGGGCAAAAACCUUUUUCCCAAAACUUUACAAGGCUCGCAAGUGUGAAUUUGAGGCUUCGCCGUGUGCAUCAUGGCCUCUGCCUGAAGGUAUCAGAGACGAAGAUUUUCCCGUGCUUCAUUUUUACGGAGUGCAAUUGGGCCACAUUUUGUUAAAGAUAUUUUUUGUCAUCAGCUGCAUCCUGUGCUGUGUCCUGGUUCUAGUGUUCCUCUGUUUUAUCCUAUUCCUCUGCUGUUUUAGACCUUAUGGUCUAAUUGCAUCAUUUCUUCCAGAUUAGGCCUACUGAAUCGCAUGUCGGAUGUUAAUAGAGUCCGGGAAUACCUCUGAAACAACAGAGGGCAUGUGAGACAUUUGCAGAAAUUGUUGAGAAAAGUUUAUAGUAUUGAGUGUGAUUAGGGUUUAAUAACUACCUAAUUACUUGAAAAAUCUUCAGUCUGAUGAUUUUUGUCCUGCUAACAUAACAAAGCACAGAACUGCAAAACUGAGCUUCUUGUGUCGUGUUCACUAAGGUCACUUGACAGCAAUUUGAAUUUUGAAUGCCAUAUUUCUUACAUUCAAAGGUGCCAAGCUUUGAGGCAUCACCUGAAAACGACCGUAUCAGUGUUUUUAUUUUUUUCAAUCAUCUGCUGAAAACUGUUUCAUAGGUCUUUCUGUCCGUCAUGUUUCACAACGUAUGGAUGUGAAAAAAAUUGAAUGUAAGUACAUAUCCUUGACUUAUGUACACUUUAUCCAAACUGUGAAGCACUUUGUGUUUUCAAAAGUGCCAUCCAAAGAUCUUGCUGCUGUUCCAUUUUCUGUAUCAAAUGUACAGAGACACGCUGCUUCUGUGAAAUGUAAUCCAUACCAGGAGUCUCAAUAAAGGUUAGCUGGCUGA